UGACAUUUUGAAGAUCGACUAUCGAAUCAAGAUUGUGUGUUGUCUUCUUUCUUUGUACAAAAUUUCUCAAAUUUAGUCAUGGCGUCGAUCACGUUACUGAAUCCCAAGGCGGAAUUUGCACGAGCUGCACAAGCAUUAGCUGUAAAUAUAUCGGCAGCUAAAGGCAUCCAAGAUGUGAUGAAAAGUAAUCUUGGUCCAAAAGGAACCAUGAAAAUGUUGGUUUCUGGAUCAGGUGACAUCAAAAUAACAAAGGAUGGAAACACCCUCCUACAUGAAAUGCAAAUCCAACACCCCACCGCCUCAUUGAUUGCGCGUGCGUCAACAGCCAUGGAUGACAUCAUUGGAGAUGGAACUACAUCAACUGUUCUAGUGAUCGGUGAGCUUCUGAAGCAAGCCGAUCUCUAUAUUUCUGAGGGUCUCCAUCCAAGAAUUCUGACCGAAGGCUACGAUUUAGCGAAGGCGAAAGCUCUGGAAGUUUUGGAAAAAAUCAAAAUACCAGUGCAGCCUACUAGAGCCCAGUUGAUGGAUAUCUCCAGAACCGCUCUCAGGACUAAGGUUCACCAGAGUCUGGCUGACCACCUAACUGGGGUGUGCGUGGAUGCUGUGUUGGCAAUAAAGCCGAAGGACAAUAAGAACAUUGACUUGCACAUGGUUGAGUUGAUGGAAAUGAAGCACAAAACAUCCACCGAGACAACACUCAUCAAAGGAAUUGUCAUGGAUCAUGGAGCACGUCACCCCGAUAUGCCCAAGAGGGUUGAAAAUGCCUUCAUUCUGACAUGCAAUGUCAGUUUGGAAUAUGAGAAGAGUGAGGUGACAUCUGGUUUCUUCUACAAAACAGCUGAAGAACGCGAGAAAUUGUUGGCUGCUGAAAGAGAUUUCAUUGAAAAGCGAGUAGAGAAGAUCAUUGCAUUGAAGAAGAAAGUCUGUGAUACUGCCGACAAGAAGUUUGUUGUCGUCAACCAGAAGGGCAUUGAUCCGAUGUCAUUGGACGCGCUGGCCAAGGAGGGAAUAGUCGCACUGCGCAGAGCCAAGCGCCGAAACAUGGAACGGCUGACUCUGGCCUGUGGUGGAAUGGCCAUGAACUCUUUCGACGACUUGAAACCGGAACAUCUCGGCUACGCUGGACUCGUCUAUGAACAUAUUUUGGGAGAAGAUAAGUUCACUUUCGUUGAGGAGUGCAAGAACCCGUUGAGUGUGACCAUUCUCAUGAAAGGACCGAACAAGCACACUCUCCUCCAGAUCAAGGACGCCGUUCGUGAUGGUCUAAGAGCUAUCAAGAAUACUAUUGAUGACGGCUUUGUCGUACCCGGAGCUGGUGCUUUUGAAAUAGCUGUCUCCCAAGAGCUCCAGAAAUAUAAGAAUGAAGUCAAGGGAAAAUCAAAGCUAGGAGUGCAAGCUUACGCCGAAGCUUUAUUGGUUAUCCCCAAAACUUUAGCUGUGAACAGUGGUUUCGAUUCCCAAGAAACAAUUGUCAAACUCCAAGAGGAAAGUCAAGGAGGAGACAUGGUUGUAGGACUCGACAUUACCUCAGGAGAAGUCCUGAAACCGGCUGAUGCUGGCAUCUUUGAAAACUAUUCUGUUAAGAAGCAAAUAAUUAAUUCUUGUACCGUGAUUGCGAGCAACUUACUUCUAGUGGAUGAAAUUAUGAGAGCUGGUAUGUCUUCGCUCAAAGGAUAACUUACAUCGUUCAACUAAUAUGAAGGAGUACUAACAACAAACUGAAAUCAAGUCAUGUUUUUCAACUGAAACUUGACAACCGUCGUUCUAAUGAAUCUUAUCACCAGUAUUGUACUCCCUUCCAUAUUCGCACUCAAAACAUUAAUUUUUAUUCUAUGUUUCUUUUGGAGUAUGUGAAUAUUAUUUGUUCAGUACUCCUCUAAUUUUUCACAUAUUGAAGGGAGCUAGACAUGAAUGAGUGCCUAACAUCGCUUCAAAUUUCAAAAUUAUAACUGUAUUCUUUUUCGUAAAGCUUGCUAAUGUAUUUGUUAUAAUUUUGGAAUAAAAUGUGCUUUAACUCAAGA